CGAUCUUUGAGUGGCGGCCGAUGCGAAUACAGCCACAAGAUACACACGUGAAAACUGAAUAGUUUUAGAAGAAAAUCUGACGAUAAAAAGAUGUCCGAUAAUAACCUACUACAAACUUAUAAUUAUGAAACAAAUAAUUUUGAAGAAACCCUUGCUGAUUAUGUGGGAAGUACACAAUACGACGAAAAUGAAGUACAAUUUACUCGGCCAGUCCAAGACGAAGUGAUCAGUGUAUACGAGGUAUAUGUAAAAGAAGAAACCGAAGAUAAUAAUACAAGAGAUAAUCUUCCAAUUAUUUCAAGCUUAUCGUCUUCGAACGAUCAUCAAUUGAUUCAAGGUGAUUCACACGCAAUGAACAUGGAUACGAGCAUCGAAUCAGAGGUGAUUAAAGUUGAUAGUACGGUAGGGAAACUUCUUGGAAAGGAUGCUCUAAAAUAUAAAAUUUUAGAACAGUGUAUCACUACGAACGAUAAUAAUGUCGUUGUUUAUUCACAUCCGAUAACGGAAGGUCCAUCUUCGUCCACGACUCGCAUGAUCGAUAAAGAUGAUAUAAGAUCAAGAUUACAUUUUGUGAAAUAUUUAAAACGCGAUGGGAAAACGUUAAAAAUUUGGGAAUGUGGAAUUUGUUCGAAAGAGUUUCGACAUCAGUAUACAUUGAUGCGACAUUUACCAACGCAUACCGAUGAAAGAAAUUUCAAAUGCGAAGCUUGUGGUAAAGCUUUUCGACAAUUGUCAACUUUAAGUCAACAUAAAGCAAUUCAUAGCGACGCGAGGCCAUACGUCUGUGAAUUUUGCAAAAAAACAUUCAACAGAGUAUCGACAUUAAUCUCGCAUCGAAAAACUCAUUCCGAACACAAACCGCACAAGUGUCAUCUAUGUGGGAAAGGAUUUCAUCAAAAAGGUAAUCUAAGGAAUCACGUGUUCACCCACACUAAUGAAAGGCCAUAUAAAUGUGAGCUUUGUGGUAAAGGAUUUAACCAAAUGUCAAAUUUAGUGUGUCAUAAAGUCAAGGCACAUGCGCAUACAGAAAAAAUGCAAUAUACUUGUACAAUUUGUGGUAAAGAAUUCCCACGAAGAUUUUCAUUAAGAUCGCACGAAGAAUAUAAGCACGGUAUUAAAUAUCGGCAACCAGUUGGUCCGCAGGCCGGACUUAAUGAUCAGAAUAUUAUGAGAAAUAAAAAUGUCAGAAUAGUACAACUACCCGGUGAGGAAGGAAAUCAGAUGCCUGAGAUCCUUUCUUCAACGGGUACUGAAGAUCUAAGAACAACUGAGAAAAAUAAUUCUAAUGGUACUAAAGAUCUGGAUAAUAUCAAAUCUAUACAAAUACGUAUGCCGCUCGUAAAUUCUGUCAUUCAAAAAAUAGAAUCUGAUGGAAAAUCACGUUUUACUGUUGAUUCUGAAUCUGAAUCUCAUCAAGAUGCUCAGUUUACGUAUUCCGAACAUAUUGGAGGUGAAACGCACCGUUCAUUUGAUCCAUCUACGAUUUCAUCGACCGAUGAAUGUAGCGAAUUAUUGGAUCUUGCUGCUCAAGGUGGGAUACAAUUUGUUCGUGCUACUGAAGAUGGUCGUUAUGAGGUAAUGACAAGUAACGAGGCUCGUGAUCUAAUGGUCCAAAAUUCACACGAUCUGGCUAUUCUUAAUAGCGAGGAAUCGGAUGCUAUUAAUGUUGUAAAUUUACAUAACAAUAAUGAUAUAAUCAUUGGUGAUGCCGAUAAUCAAAUUAUGGUUUUAAAUUCUAAUUCAACACGAAAGCAAAUACCAAUGGAUUCGAUUGAGAUAUUAGAGGACAAAGAUAUCAGAAUUUUAGAAAGCAAAAGUCUCGAUGAUCGUUUCAUAGAAGGUCUUAACUUUUUACCCCAAUCGAAAAUUGAUGACUUCAUUCUUGGUUCUAAAUCUUUAGGUAUAGAUCAUAAUGGUAUUAAUAUUACAGAACACGACGACGAAGGGCUAGAUGUUAUCUCGAAUCAUCAUGAUUUUGCGAAUAUUCUUAGCCAUCGAAAUGAUAUUGCAGCUUUAUCAAGAGAAACAAGUGCCUCUUCUUUAUAUAAGAAUCAUUCGUCGACAUCGAUAAUAAAUAAUACAUUGUCUUAUCUUAAGGCUAAUCAAAAUAUAUCAGAAGAUAUGUCUAUUAUUAAUAAUUCUACAAUACAAGAUCAUGCGGAAUACGAUCCCAAAAUAAAACUACCAAUGGUCUUUGAUGAAAAUGAUCACAAUACUGGAAUCGUAUCCCUCAAUCAUCCAGAAAUUAAAAUUCUUGAUUCAGGAAAUCAAGUUACGAAAACCUUUGGAAACAAUGAGACUUUAUCUCCAUUAUCAAAAAUUUAUCCAAAUUUUGGAGAAGUCAAAAUUUUAGGACCAAAAAAUCAUUGUCAAGAAUUAGUAACAACACAGUUUCAAGAUAUGAAAAUGUUUUCUCCGUAUGAGGAUCUUUUAAAAAAUUCUAUAACACCUUUAAAUAUGCGUGAUAAUAGUCCGAACAAUGUAUGUAAAAAAGAAGUGAAAAUUCUUGGAAAGAAAUUAGGAACGGGUAUCAUUGGUGGUACCGAAGAUGAUAAAGUUAUUAAAUUACUCGAUGAUAAACGAAAAUUGAUAUUGGAUAAACAACAAGAUGUUUGCAAUCAUUUGGACAAUGGAUUGAUUUCUCCAUCAUCAGUAGAUAAACCCAUUACGGAAAAUGUUGAUCAAAACUGCUUCUCGCUUCAAGUAAACCGCUAUCAGAGCAUACAAUGCCAUCAGAAUUAUGAAAAAGAAAAUGUUCCUCCUGAAUGUAUAGGUUUGCAGUCCGCACGAGACUAAAUUCAUGAAAUCAAAGAAUCCUCUCAUUGGUAAGGGUAAUUCACCGGACAUCCACUUCAACGAAACGCGGGACACUUCUAACAGCAACAGCAACAACAACGACAACAGCAGCAGCAGCAGUAACGAUAGUUAUACCAAUUGCGCUCUGCCAGAUUUGGAUUCAUGAAAAAGAGAAAAAAGUUAAUCUAUUUUUCUAUUCCGUUGAUAGUUCAUUGAUGUUUCGCAUCUGCUUCCAUUACAAUAGCAUUAUCAUAAAGAACACUUCGCUCUAUCAUUUUUAAAUAUAAAAAUUGCAGUUGUUUCCAGCUGGACAGAACAGUUAAUUAUGAGCAAGAGAAACGAUACUUCGUAUAAUGAACGAAUAAUUGCAUACUUUCAUAAACUAUAGAAGAACGACUUGAUGAAUAUUAGAUGUGGUUUCUAAAUUGAUUUCGCUUUGAAAAAUAAUCUUGUGUCGUCGCUGAGGAUAAAACGAAUUUAUAAUGUAAUCUCUAAUUAUUAGGUAAUACUCCUGUACAUAUUACAAAACUAUAUUUUUACAAGAUAUUAGUAUAUUCUUUUAACUUUAGUAUAAUAUAAUAUUAUGAUUCCAUCUUUUCGUAAAACGAUGACGAUAGUAAUUGUUUUUACACUUUAUAUUAGUCUUUCUAAAAAUAAAACACCUGUUUAUAGAUAGGACUUCAAAGUAAUAGUCACAUUUACGCAUAAAAGUUUUCGAUAUAAUUACGUGUCUCACAAUUGUUAUAAAAUAUGUUUUAAUUGGUAGUAAAAUUUUAAGUAAAAUUAAGUAAAAUUGAAUUAUAUGAUUAUACACCGCCACAUAG